GCGGGUUAGCCGAAAGCAAAGAUGACAGUGACAGCUUACUGCAGCCAACUUCGUGACUAUCCCUACUCGGAAAACCGUUGAUUAAAGCCUUGAAUAAUGGACUUGGUUUGUGAAAAUUUGAAAAUUUCACCGGCUUCCAUCGUCCCGAAGGUACCGGGAACCGUUCGCUACGUUCCAAAUUUUAUAACGCCAGAGGAAGAGAUAGAAAUUAUUAAGCAGGUGAACAACUCUCCAUUACCGAAAUGGACCCAGUUGAGUCACCGAAGACUUCAGAAUUGGGGUGGGAUACCUCAUCCUAAGGGUAUGAUAGCGGAGGAAAUACCGACAUGGUUAACGAAGUACGUUGGAAAAAUAUCAGACCUCCAGAUCUUCCAAGAUAAAAAAUUACCCAAUCACGUCUUGAUCAACGAGUAUUUGCCUGGGCAAGGAAUAAUGCCACAUUCGGAUGGUCCACUAUUUCACCCUAUUGUUACAACAAUAAGUUGUGGCUCGCACACUCUUCUGGAAUUUUGUAAGCGGAAUGAAUCUGACCGCGUAGAAGUCCCUAAUCUGGAGUUUGCCUUGCUACUUGAGAGGAGAAGUUUACUUAUUUUAGAAGACGACCUGUACCACAAGUACCUGCAUUCAAUUUCUGAGAGACAUUGCGAUACGAUUUCAAGGGAGAACAUUAUGAAUCUAGAUCUCUGUGCUGUGAAAUAUCAAGAGAAUGAAAUGAUUGAAAGAGGGACAAGAUUGUCCCUGACUAUCAGGCACGUGCCGAAGACCAGCAAGCUCAAAUUGAAACUGGGAAGAUAAUGUUGACCAACUUAUUUGCCACUCGAAUUGAUUUCUCAAUUACUUUUCUGCAAUAAUCUAUUAUUGCAAAAUGCUAUGGAGGAAAAUUUUAAACAUUUACCAAGCUGCAGCUUUUGGAGACAUGGACACAUCCACAUCCUCGUAAUUCUCAAGACUAACGUCCAUUAUUUCUUCAUCAGACUCGUCCAACAUUCCUUGUAGCGAAUGAAUCGACGAUAUUAGUACAUGGAAUUGUUUUCUUCGCAUUUCUAGCUUAUGCUCCAAUUGUUCAGAUUUUUCCUAUAAGAAUAAAACAGUUAUCGCUGUA